AGAGUUGUCGUUUUAUAAGUAAUAAGAGUGGUAUUUUGCAAUUUCACUGCCUAUAUCUCCAUCUCACAAUCUCGUACUCAAACACAGGGCAGUGAAAAUGGCGGGAACUAUAAGUGCAACGAUUGGUGAAGAAGUGGACUCUCUUCUCUCCACGUUCGACCAUAUCCAAGAGGACUUUAAGAGCGCCCUAAUGGAGAUCCAGCGGCUGAAAUCGAAUUCCAAUGGAGAAAUCAAGAAGCGUGAAGCUCUUGAACUUGCUUGCAAAAGUCUCAAACAAGAAAAUGAGCGACUUGUUAAGCUCUACACAGAAUCACUAAACAAUGUUGUUGAACAGUUGGAACACCGUACUACAUGCCAGAGCUUAAAAGAGCAAUUGAAGAGAAUGAAUGAUGGAUGUCUCAGUAAAGAAGAUGAGCGCAGGAAGAUUGAGGAGUCAGUUAAACAAGAGUAUGCUAAAAAGAUUUCGGACCUAGAAACUCAGAUUAGAGGGCUCGUACUCGAAAAGGCUACAAAGGAAGCAACUCUAAAUCAACUUCGACAAGAUUUAGGAGCACACAAAUCCCACAUUCAAUAUCUAGCUGGCAGAUUGGAACGAGUGAAUUUAAACAUCGAAUCAAAAUAUGAGAUUGAGAUUCGGGGUUUGAGGGACUCUAUAACUAAUGAACAAGAGGAGAAAAGGGAGUUGAACAAUAAGCUCCAACAGUUGGAAAGGGAAUUGUGGAUUUGCAGAUCAAAGAUUGUUAAGCAGCAACCAAAUCUGACUUCAGAUGCGCAUAAUGAAACGCUUCAAAAAAUCAACGUAGAGCCAAGGAAGGAAAAAAAGACACUAAAACGAAAGCUUGUCAAAAUAGAAAGGGAAUAGAGAGGAAGAUAGGUUGAUAGCUAAUAUUUUGACUUGUUGGUGCGCUUACUGAGUUUAUUGUAGAAGUAAUUAUUAUAGUGUUCUAAAUCAAAAUUCUAACAAUCAUUUCCAAAUUUUAGUUCCAUCCACAUACAAAAGAAGGAUUUUUAAUUAGUCCUUUUACCUCAUCGUAAACAGAUCAUUUAU